AUGCCCGAGACAGAUGACGUUGUUCUAAAUCCCCGUGACAACCAUGGAAUCAGCGUUGGUGACGUAAUUGAAGUUUUUCAUCCUGAAGAUCAGCAUCGUGUGUUAUUCUUAGUAAAAAAUCUCAGGGAAGAUUUUCAAUUUAAAGAGGACAAAUUGGAGAGCUUUGGCGUUGUAUUUCGAUCAAACACUUCGGUCGUACAUAUUUUUAUACAAAUGAGUCAUGAAAUGUGGAUCUUUGAUGAAUACGGUCAUCUAUAUUUCGAAAAAGCCCUAAGCUUCUUAAAUGAACUAAUGUUUAACUCAUGGAUCGUAAUUUUACUUUUAUCUUGUAACUCUAUAAAGGAAAGUAAUUGCAAUCACGAUGUAACAAUCGUUUUAUUUUUACGGAUCUUCAUAAGUGCUAAUGGACUAGACGAUAUUCUCGAAGAGUCAUUUCACAAGGAUUUUCAUGGACGGUAUUAUGAAGAUUUUUACAAAGUAAUCCUUCAAAAUGAACGCUUUGUUGCGGAAGAAAAGAAAUCAGUUUUGCCUGAAAUUAAUAUGGAAUUUAACGAAUUACGCUACAGCAUUGUAAAGCAUUUGCAACGAUACUUCGAUUCAUCUCGAAUGCCUACACUUCUGAUAUCAUCUUCUAUUGAUGGAAACUUUUUGGAGACACUUAACAUGGCCUUGAAU